GCAUUUUGCAUCUGGCACAAGACAUUGCUGACAUAACUGCUUAUUGGUGUUUUUUUUUUUUUUCUUUUCUAACUGGAAGAACUAAGUGGUUCCCGUGGAAACCAUGAGCCAGUUGGAAGCGAGUGUUGAAAAGCUUCAUUUCUAGCAGCUGUAAAAACCAGAGUUCCAGACGUAGAUGAUGUGGAGCAUUUCCUGAAGAAAACGCUCACUAUCGCUGCUCUCUGUUUUUUCUACAAAGAACCUUUUUUAGCUAGUUUCUCAUUUUUCUAUUAUUUGGCUUCUACCUGGCGGCAUAAAUAAUAAUGUGCGGAAUAUUUGCAUACCUGAACUAUUGCGUUCCCCGCACUAGAAAAGAGAUUAUGGAAACUCUCAUCAAAGGCCUCCAGAGACUAGAAUAUAGGGGAUACGAUUCAGCAGGUGUGGCAGUGGAUAUAGAGAAGCACAUCAGACUGAUCAAAAAGAAGGGGAAAGUGAAGGCUUUGGAUGAAGAACUCCACAAGCAAGAAGAAACAGAUUUGAAAGAUGAAUUUGAGACUCAUUUUGGAAUUGCACAUACGCGCUGGGCAACACAUGGAGUUCCUAAUGCAGUAAACAGCCAUCCUCAGCGUUCUGAUAAGGAUAAUGAAUUUGUAGUUAUCCAUAAUGGCAUCAUUACAAAUUAUAAGGAUUUGAGGAAAUUUCUGGAAUCAAAAGGUUACGACUUUGAAUCGGAAACAGAUACUGAAGUGAUCCCUAAACUGUUAAAAUAUGUCUAUGACAAUAGGGAAAACGAAGAUAUCAGGUUUUCAACAUUGGUCGAGAGAGUCAUUCAGCAGCUUGAAGGAUCAUUUGCACUGGUUUUCAAGAGCAUCCAUCAUCCAGGUGAAGCAGUAGCAACAAGGAGAGGAAGCCCUCUGCUGAUUGGUGUGCGCAGCAAGUAUAGGCUUUCUACCGAGCAGAUUCCUGUUCUCUAUCGGACAUGCAGCAACAACACUGACAACAGAACAAAUAUGCCCAGGACAAAAAGAAUUGAUAGUUCAACUUGCCUAUACCCAAUGGGAAAUGAAAAGUCAGUUGAAUAUUUCUUUGCAUCAGACGCAAGUGCAAUAAUCGAACACACUAACAGAGUUGUGUUUCUGGAAGAUGAUGACGUGGCAUAUGUUGCAGAGGGGAAACUUUCCAUCCACCGCAUUAAACGUUCAAUGGGGGAUGAAUCCUCACGUGCUAUCCAAACCCUGCAAAUGGAGUUACAGCAGAUAAUGAAAGGUAACUUCAGUGCUUUUAUGCAAAAGGAAAUAUUUGAGCAGCCAGAAUCAGUUGUUAAUACCAUGAGAGGGAGAAUCAAUUAUGAGACCAAUACAGUCUUACUGGGAGGCCUACAAGAUCACAUGAAGGAAUUUAAAAGAUGCCGAAGACUGAUCCUAAUUGGCUGCGGAACCAGCUAUCAUGCUGCUGUUGCUACCCGUCAAGUGCUUGAAGAACUUACAGAGUUGCCUGUGAUGGUCGAACUGGCAAGUGACUUCUUGGACAGAAACACUCCAGUUUUUAGAGAUGAUGUGUGCUUCUUUAUAAGCCAAUCAGGAGAAACAGCUGAUACUCUCAUGGCGUUAAGAUAUUGCAAAGAGCGUGGUGCCUUAACCUGUGGGGUUACAAACACAGUUGGUAGUUCAAUAUCAAGAGACACUGACUGUGGAGUGCAUAUUAAUGCUGGCCCUGAGAUUGGCGUGGCCAGCACAAAGGCUUACACAAGUCAGUUUGUAGCAUUAGUAAUGUUUGGCCUAAUGAUGUCUGAGGACCGCAUUUCAAUGCAAGAAAGGAGAAUGGAAAUCAUAAAGAGCCUUAAGUCCUUACCUAGAAUGAUUAAAGAUGUUUUAGCGUUAGAUGAACAAAUUCAAGAUAUAGCUCAUGAACUCUACAAUCAAAGAUCUCUCUUAGUCAUGGGGCGAGGUUACAAUUACGCAACAUGUUUGGAAGGAGCACUUAAAAUAAAAGAAAUCACAUAUAUGCAUUCUGAAGGAAUUCUAGCUGGAGAAUUGAAACACGGGCCACUCGCUCUGAUUGACAAACAAAUGCCAGUCAUAAUGAUUAUCAUGAAAGAUCCCUGUUUUACAAAAUGCCAGAAUGCACUCCAACAGAUUGUAGCUCGCCAGGGACGUCCCAUCAUUCUUUGUUCUAAGGAUGAUGCUGAAAGUAAGAAGCUUGCCUACAAGACAAUUGAACUCCCACAGACAGUUGACUGCAUGCAGGGGAUUCUGAGUGUCAUUCCACUCCAACUGCUGUCAUUCCACUUAGCAGUUUUAAGAGGUUAUGAUGUUGAUUUUCCAAGGAACCUGGCCAAAUCUGUAACUGUGGAAUAGAUAUGAAGUUACCAAGAAACGAAGAUCAAUUUUCAAACCUAAAUAGGUUUUUCUUAAAACAAUACAGUGGUUUAAUGUAUUAUUUUGUCUCUAUUUUGGAAGAGUUAACUUUAUGCACUCACGUGCUUUACUUGCUUUGUAUACUUUUUUUAGAUGCCAAUUAAUCAAAGCCCUUUUGCCAUUAAACUGGUAUAACUCUGCCGUGUGACUGUGCCAAGGAAGGCAAGCAUUUGUUUACAUUGUGAAGCAGAGUAACACCUCAGUGUGCAAUAUAUGUAGAAAUGUUUACCACGGAAGUGUGUGGACACCUUUUAUAAUCCAAACUACUUUCCAGUUAAUAUUUAUACUUACCUAUCUCAUUGUGCAAUGUAUGUAUAAACUUAUACCUAAACGGUGGGUUAGACACCUUUUAUGAUAAAGACUAUUUCCAGAUUAUAUUUAUACACAUUUUAUAGUAGAGCUUUUCAUAUUUCAUAUUUUCAUUUCUUUUUUCUAUAAAUUUCUUCUUCUUAUUUGAACAAAAUAAAAACGUUUAAGGUG